GCAAGGACGCGGGCGAGCCGGAAGAGCCAGAAGAGCCGUGAGGCGCGCGAGGUCCCGGGACGACCGGCGGCGUCCCUGGUGUCUCCCGCCCGGGGCCGGGAUCGCACACAGUAACAAGGGCCCCUCCCCUGAGGUGGGCCCUUCUCUACAGCUAGGAGCCAAUGGCACGGGACAGAAACAAACCCUACGAGCUGGACCAAGAGAAGUACGAUGCUGAUGACAACGUGAAGAUCAUCUGCCUGGGGGACAGCGCGGUGGGCAAGUCCAAACUCAUGGAGAGAUUUCUCAUGGAUGGAUUCCAGCCCCAGCAGCUGUCCACGUAUGCCCUGACCCUGUACAAACACACGGCGACGGUGGACGGCAAGACCAUCCUUGUGGACUUUUGGGACACAGCAGGCCAGGAGCGGUUCCAGAGCAUGCAUGCUGCCUACUACCACAAGGCCCACGCCUGCAUCAUGGUGUUUGAUGUGCAGAGGAAAGUCACCUACAAGAACCUGAGCGCCUGGUACACAGAGCUGCGCGAGUUCAGGCCAGAAAUCCCGUGCAUCGUGGCAGCAAAUAAAAUUGAUGCAGACAUAACGGUGACCCAAAAAAGCUUCAGUUUUGCCAGGAAGUUCUCCCUGCCCCUGUACUUUGUCUCGGCUGCUGACGGCACCAACGUCGUGAAGCUCUUCGGCGACGCGAUUCGAUUAGCUGUGUCUUACAAACAGAACUCCCAGGACUUCAUGGACGAGGUUUUGCAAGAGCUCGAGAACCUCAAGUUGGAGCAGAAAGAGGAGGACGUGCCAGACCAGGAGCAGAGUGGCGGCAUCGAGAGCCUGUCCCCCUCCUGAGGGGUCAGUGGAGGCGGCCUCUGUCCGUGGCUGAGCGGGUGGGAGUCGGGGAAGCCCUUUCAGAGUGCCCGUCCCUUCAGCAGCCCUCCCGCUCUGCGCCUGCGAGCCCACCCGUCCCCCUUGCCUCGCACGUCCACGGCCUGUGACCCAGGGAUGUGGCCUGCGCCAGCAGCCUGCACAGAUGCGAGAGGUCAGCACAGACACCCGGGAAGCAGGACAGGACGAGUGUCCUUAACACCAGCGCCGCCCCACCCCCAGGCCAACCGCAGGCCGGACAGUGAAGGGAACUGGGGAACGUGCUUGUGUCUCUUUAAUAAAAGGA